CAAAUCUAUUCCCUCUCCCUGUUGUCGCAGGGAUUCGAACGUCUUCUUCUCAUCUUGUGAUAGGACUAAAGCGAUACCAGUCUCAAAGGUCGAGGGUUAAUUAUUUUUGAAUUCCCAUUUCAACCUGCAUCCCCUUCGUCUCUUUCCAUUCGCGUAACAUGCAAAACUCUUCCGUUAAAUUUUAUCGUAGAUUUCAAUGAUUUGCCCACAUUGACACGCAACAUUCUUGAUACUCUUCAUCACGUCACCCUUCUAGCCGAAAUCAUCAUGAUUCUUCAUAGAAAUUGGAUAAUCUGAACUCCCAAAUUCGUAAUUUUCCUCAGGUUUUUUCAAUCAGACCCAGUUCAACGAAAUCUAGAUUGAAUCAUUCGAUUUUUUCGUGUUUGUUCGACUUUGGUACAUUUUCAUUAGACAGAGAUGUCCGUUUCUUCGUAGUGCACAACAACUGUAUGAUAAAUUGCCGGAACGCUGAAUUUCAAUUUGCUUUGAGCCAUCUAUCUCUCAUCAAUGGGGGAAACCGGUGGCAAUGACGAAGAUGGGAAAAACUCUGCUAAUAUGUUACGGAAUACGCCGUCGAAUAUCAGGAGGUUGGCUGAUGAGAUACAGCAGUGUGAGGGGCGACAAAAGUAUCUUGCGCAGACCAAAAGCCCAUCGGACGGGGGUGAUGUUAGGUGGUACUUCCGUAAGGUUGCCAUGGAGAAAAAUGAAGUAGCUGCUAAUGUCCCACGUGCAGAAACAGUAGAAAAGAGUGAUUAUUUUCGAUUUGGAAUGAGAGAUUCUCUUGCAAUAGAGGCAUCAUUCUUACAGCAAGAAGAUGAAUUGCUCUCUAUUUGGUGGAAAGAAUUAGCCGAGUGUAGUGAAGGUCCAAAAGGGUCUCCUGCUUCAGUUUCCAAAUCCGACCCUCUCCUUCAACCAUUUUCUCUAGAAACUUCUCGAUCAACCAAACCAGAUGAUGAAGACAGAGUCGGUGUCCCCGUGAAAGGAGGCUUAUACGAAGUAGACUUGGUGAAGAGACAUUGUUUCCCUGUUUAUUGGGAUGGAGAUAAUCGUAGGGUUUUAAGAGGCCAUUGGUUUGCUCGUAAAGGAGGUCUUGAUUGGCUUCCUAUUCGUGAGGAUGUUUCUGAACAAUUAGAGUUUGCUUAUCGUGGAAGGAUUUGGCGUCGAAGAACAUUUCAACCAUCUGGACUAUUUGCAGCACGAGUUGACAUGCAAGGGUCAAGUCCAGGGUUGCAUGCUCUUUUUACUGGAGAAGAUGACACGUGGGAGGCAUGGUUAAAUGUAGAUGCUUCUGGAUUCUCUAGUAUUGUUAAGUUAGGUGGGAUUGGGAUUAAGUUAAGGCGUGGGUAUGCUCCCUCUCGUUCACCAAAGCCAACUCAGGAUGAGUUACGUCAACAAAAGGAGGAAGACAUGGACGAUUAUUGUUCACAGGUUCCAGUUGGACAUGUAGUUUUUAUGGUUCAUGGUAUUGGUCAAAGGUUGGAGAAAGCUAAUUUAGUUGAUGAUGUUGGCAUAUUUCGCCAUGUCACCUCUAGCCUUGCAGAACAACACUUGACACCUUACCAACGUGGAACUCAAAGAGUUCUUUAUAUUCCAUGCCAGUGGAGGAAAAAUUUGAAACUUAGUGGUGAAUCAGCUGUAGAAAAAUGUACAUUACCUGGUGUACGUGGAUUGAGGGUAACUUUAAGUGCAACUGUUCACGAUGUGUUGUACUACAUGAGCCCAAUCUAUUGCCAAGAUAUUAUUGACUCGGUUUCCAUUCAAUUAAACAAGUUAUAUCUAAAGUUCAUCAAGAGAAACCCUGGUUAUGAUGGAAAGGUUUCCUUAUAUGGUCAUUCAUUGGGAAGUGUUCUUUCGUAUGACAUUUUAUGUCAUCAAGAGACUUUGACCUCUCCAUUUCCAAUGGAGUGGAUAUAUAAAGAUCAGAUUAAAUACGAAAGCUGUACACCAACUGACAUGAAGUCAUCUUCUAGCUGCCACGUGUCCUCGAAUUCAGGAGGUCAGGAUUUCAACACGAUUAUUUCUUCUGCUAAAAAGGACAUCACAAGGGUACAAUCGGAAUCUUCACUUCCUGAAAUGCGUGUUGAAGAAUCAAACCUUUUAGAAGCUAGGAAUCAUAAGAAACAUGGUAGUCUUCCAUUGAUAGAACACGUUGCAGUUGGAUCUGACCAUGGUGAAGAAGCUUUAGCUAGUGGAUCAAAUCGAAUUGAUGAGGAAAAUUGUCACAGUGAUGAAAAUAACACAAUUAAAUCUUUAAGGGAAGAGAUUGACAUUUUGAAUGCACGAAUCAAAGAACUAGAAAAAGUUUCCAAAGGUUCAUCAUCUUGCAAAAAUGACACGUUGAAGAGUUACACACCUCUUAUAAAGUAUACAAAAUUGGAAUUCGAGGUGGAUACAUUUUAUGCGGUUGGGUCUCCUCUUGGCGUGUUUCUUGCCCUUCGUAAUGUCCGUAUAGGAAUUGGUCAAGGAAAAGACUAUUGGAACAAUGAAAAUGUACAUGAAGAGAUGCCAUCAUGUCGACAAAUGUUCAACAUUUUUCAUCCUUUUGAUCCAGUGGCAUAUAGAGUAGAACCACUUGUUUGUAAAGAUUAUGUCAAUUCACGUCCAGUCAUCAUUCCAUAUCAUAAAGGUGGAAAGAGGCUGCAUAUUGGAUUCCAGGAAUUUGUAGAAGAUGUUGCAUCAAGUUCUCAGGUGGUAAUGGAUCGCAUGAGCUCAGUAAAGGGUAAAGUAUUGGCACUAUGUCAAGUGAAAGAUGGUGAUGUCGUUGGAGGUACUUCAAUGGAGUCACCAGAAGAGCCCGAAGUAGUGGAGAGAUCAUAUGGAUCGAUAAUGAUGGAGAAGUUAACAGGGAGUGAAGAUGGCCGAAUUGAUCAUGUCCUUCAAGAUAAAACAUUUCAACAUCAAUACAUAUCCGCUGUGGGAGCACAUACAAAUUAUUGGAGAGACCUUGACACUGCAUUAUUUAUAUUAAAACAUUUAUACCGAAAUAUACCAGAAGAACCUGAAGCACCAGAUGGAGACACGAAAAAUGAAGUAAAACAAGGAACUGGUGAAUAUUGGCAUGGCUGGUAUAAUAAUAACGAGGAGGGUACCGAUGACGACCUUCCUUUAACAUUUUCCAAUACAAAGUUUGUGAAAAAAUUUACAAGAAGAGCCAAAAGCUUCAUUGGUCCUUGAUUUUUUUUUAUUUUUUUUAUUUUUUUUCAUAACCAACUAUUGUCCUUGUAUAAAUGUCACAAAAAAUGUUAUAGUUUGCAAGAAUGAACGGUUUUGGACAAUGUAAAUGUAAAUAAAGUACAAAAACGUUCGUUCUUGAAAACUUUAGUGUUCUUUUUGAUUUUUUUUACAUGAACAAUGCAAGUGUUGUACUCUGUGCAUAGAUAAUUGUAUAGCUUGUAAGGAUGAUUUAGAUUUUAGAGAUGUACACAUGAUUGUACAUAAUCUAAAUUAGAACAAUUUAAGAAAUGGUAUGUGCUAAAAUUACACUUUGGACAAGUUUGUCCAUGUUGGAUUCUUUUUA